UUUAAUGCAGACGGAAUCACUGAAGGAAACGAUACAUGAUGCAAUACUGACCGCACUCUUUCUUUCCUCCAACAGUGAAUACGUUUACAGGUGGCUCCUUGCCAGAAAAUAAGAGCGAGCAGGAAUAAAAGUGAGUAACACAAAGUAAUGGGUGUCUCUUACUACUUUCUCAUAAAAAAAGGUCGCACUGACAUAGCGAUGCCCUGGUCAUAUACACGCACAAGCACCCACGCGCAGGCAAACACACGCUGGCUGCCACGUAUGCCUGCUGCAUGACGCCAGAAGAAAGGCAAGCGCUGCUUUUUAAAGGUUAUCUCUCACUCCACUGUAUGAGAUAUUAAAGAUAUAAAUACCUUUGGUCAGCUUGUGGGGUUUUACAGGGAAGCAAGUUUUGAUGCCCAAAAGGAAACGUGAAGAGCAACUCCGGCUGCCGCUUCUGCCAACUCCGCCUAUUUGUACGGCCAGAGAUCCACCAGGAGGCUUGUCCUGCUCCCAGUUUGUUGUGAAAUGCGACACCUCUAGGUCUACGAUUAUUGUCAAGCAACAUCGUAGGGAACAAAUAUUAAAUAUUACAAUACUAAUAUUUGUUUAUUUACGGUUGAUACUUGGUAACCAUGGUGUUUUUAGAGAGAACUUCCGGUGUCUAUACCAGGGUAAAAUCUCAGACACUGAUCAAUACCCUAUCAUGAUUCAUUACUGGCUAAAAUACGGCGAAUACACAUAUGAUUGAGAAGACAAUGAUAAAGCCAUGUCGUACACAAAAACAUUGUUCUCUGGCUUUAUGGACUGGAGACCUUUCCAGGGUGUCCUUCACCUCUCAUCCCAUGGCGCUAGGACUCUCUUAAGAGAAUAAGGGGGAGGUAGAAGGUAUAUGCAAAUAAUUAAACAAAAACUUCAAAUGUGUGCAGAUUCGAACGAUAUGGAUGAAAAAAAUGAAUAAAAGUGGUUGAAUAAUAAUAAUAGUAAUAAUGCGAUGAGUGCUUAACCCUGGAUCUCGAUGUAAUGAGUAGCAAAGUGAAUUGUCUUCUGUUUACUUUCUAUUGGGGUCAUCGGGGGCAGGAGUCUAUCCCAGCUACCCAGAACAAAUACAGUCAAAUACAUUAACAUUAUGCAGUUUGGCUAGGCUUAUUUCACUCUUCACAACUAGCUCCAGUUACAGCAGCUACAUUGAGGAAAAAGUACAAGAGGAAAUCACAGAACAUUGAGUAUCUGAAGUAGUUGAACAGAUGAGGUCAUCAGUACUUGUGAUCUGAAUCUCUGGGUAUUCUCCGCCUGCUGUCAGUAUCUGGGAGCAGAGAGUGGGUGGUCCUCAGGGCGGGAGCGUUCACUGCCACACCUCUAAUCUGUGAGGACAAUCUCUCAUUACCAAGAGUGAGGCAGUGAGGAGUGACAUACCUGUUGCUACGCUGAGACUUAUCAAAACACAGCUGAACGAGCAGUCGACAUCGUGCAAGUUUAACACGGCCAGGUGUGAAUGAUACUGUGUCCACAACUGAUACCAGUGACUCCAGUAUUGAUGGUCUGCGGGGAGCUCAGCGAUUGAAUACAUUACACUGUGGUCGGACUGGUUUGGUGGCUGACUUCCACAGGGACUGAAUCAGGACUAGCCAGCAGAUAAAAGCAGGGAGCAGUGGAUGAAUGAUGACCAACGGUGCGCAGUAUCUGGUCAAUCACCUUCUGACCUUCUCCCUCCAAGGAGGGGAGGUCCAGAGCGUGGAGGAGGCCCAGGCACGCCUAACCUACCUGGCUAACAACAAGAAGUUAUGGAUUCAGCAGAUGAUUCUGGACGUCAACUCAUACGCUGUUCUACUGCGAGAUUUUCAGAGCCAGGAUGAACUGGAGAGAUACGCUCUCAAAUCCAUCUUCCGCUGUGAGUCCAUCACGACAGAGAAACACUUCCCUUCCCUCCUGCUGCUCGUCUGUCAGGCAGUCAAUCAGACCAAGCCGGAUAUUCACUUCUUCAGUUGUGAAACAGUGAAGGCCGAACACAUCUGUGACGACAUCACACGGACGGUUUCGGGUUCGGCAAGCGGCCGGGCCAAACAGAUGCCUGAUCCUCUGAGGCUCCCUCCAGCAGAGAUCAUGGAUCCUUACAAUAUCCCAAGUCCACCAAUCCCACAUGCUCCCAAUCCUCCACCAGUUAACCCCCCUCCGUACCCCGGCCUCAGAGCCAAUGGAGGACCAGAUAUUUCUUUCCUGCGAGCGGAAAGAGAAGUGGGGAUCCUCAAUCACUGCUUUGACGACAUCGAGAGUUUCAUGUCCAAGCUGCAGCAGACCGCCGAGGCUGCCACCAUGCUCAGCCAGAGGAAGAAGAAGAAGAAGAAGAGCAAGAAGCAGGCAGCCGAGGAGGAUCUACUGACAGCCAAGGCCCGCCCCCCACCAGAAGCGGAGUUUAUUGAUAUCUUCCAGAAAUUCAAAUAUUGCUUCAGCCUGCUGGCUCGCUUGAAGUCGACCAUUUCCAACCCUUCAUCAGAGGAACUGGUUCAUCACGUGUUCAAACCCCUCCACAUGAUGGUCAACACCACAAGUGGACCUGCUCUGGGGGCGUCCGUGUCCAGCCCUGCCAUGACCUCCUCUGCUGUGACGCUGCUGCAAGACAAUCUGACCGAGGCAGAGCGACAACUGUGGACAUCUCUUGGUCCUAACUGGACACAGCCCCGCUCUCAGCUCAGAGGGCCUGUAGCACCGUACACGCCUGUGUUCUUGGAUGGCUGGAAGCCAGAAGCUGUGAGGGCAGACGGGCAGGUUUGGGAGGAUCCCGUCGAGUCACAACACAAACACGAAGCUCUACAACUAAAACGAGAGCAAGAGCCACCACAGAUCAUUACACCAGCAGAUAGUCACUUAGAUCACAUAGACGGGAAAACAAACACUCCAGAGCCAGACAGACUCUACACCUGCAGUUACGACUUCAUCGCCAGGAACAGCAGCGAGCUCUCAGUGCAACAGGGCGAGACACUGGAGGUGAUUGAAUCCUCCAAGCGAUGGUGGAAGUGUCGUAACCGCUUCAACCAGGUCGGCUUCGUUCCCUUCAACAUCCUGGAACCUCUUGCUCACGUAGACAGCCCCGUCACCAACAGCCGACCCCCGAGUGCCCCAGCUCCACCUCCUCUAGCAAAGACUCUCUCAGUGGUCCCGCCCAGUCCUCCGACUCUGCCAUUGGCCUCUUCGCCUCAACGCCCUCGCAGCUUACCGGCCUACAACCUGCAGCCUCCUGCUGCAGAGGAAACAGAUAAAGUCAUGAUGGUGAACGAUGAGCUGCUCCAGAGGCUGACCAAUGGAAAGGCUAAUCUGAACAAGCCUCUGGUCAUCCCGAGAUCAUCGGAGACCACGGUCCCUCUGGACUACCACUCUCCUCCCGAGGAGGUGGCCGAGUGGCUUCAGGGGAAAGGUUUCAACGAACGCACGGUUUCUUGUCUGGGAGUCCUGACUGGCGCCCAGCUCUUCUCCCUCAACAAGGAUGAGCUACGCGAGGUGAUUCCAGAUGAGGGAGCCCGAGUCUACAGCCAGCUGACCGUGCAGCGAGCGCUGCUGGAGGAUGCUCGCAGAGCCACUGAGUUGGAGGCAGUGAUGGAGAAACAGAAAAUGAAGGUUGAUCUCAAACUGGAGAGCAGCACGUUAUGAGAUGAAGAACAACGACCGAGUGUGGAGCCCAGGAUUUACUUCAUAUAUUUAUCACCAGUUGUGCCGUCAAAAAGGUGUCCCCAACUCUCUGUGCCUAGUUAGUAUUGAGGAGUCCAAAAGUUACAUGACCUGUAAAAAGAACCGUUUUAGUUUAAAGCGUUUUCCUGAAGUAACACGUGGACAGUGAAAUAUGUAUUCAACAGGGGCUUUUUAUUUUUGUUGCUCAUCAAAGUCAAUAUUUAUGCUUGUUUAAAUCACACCACUACUGACAAGCUUUUAUUGAACCCAUGUGUAUUUAAAGUUGAUUUUUGUGUGCAUUACUAAAACCAAAUAUACAGAUUGUGCAACUAAUUUGCGAUGUGCAUUUUUCAACAAGCAAAUUAAAUGCUCACAAUUUUUGCUUUGAACAAGUUGUAUCCUGUAUAGAUUUUCUUACAUAAUAAAAAUGAGGAACUCAUUGUGGCCACAAUGAACAAAAUAAAAUGAAUGAAUAUAUAUGUAUAUAAUAAUCACACAUUUGGAGCUGUUCAAUUCUACA